UAUAAUCAGAGUGUUGCUUCCUCAUAUAUUAUUAAGAACCCCCCAGCCUCUUUUAGCUUGAGUCAAAAUGCUGCAUUUUCAUCUGUAGCUGUAAAGCAGAGAGAAGGGUUGUUGUGUGUAUGUUUUUUUUUUUUUUAAUUUUUUUUUUUUUUUUUGAUGAAUGGUGUAUUACUGACUCGGCACACUGAACAAGUGCUCAGAUGAGCAGUCUGAGCCCAGCAGCAGGAGCAGCAGCACUACAGAUCUGGAUCUGAGACAGAGGCAGUCACCUCCACUACACGCGACAGCAACAGCCACACACACACCCUCUCUCUCUCUCUGUGCCUGCCUUUUUUUCCUUCCUUUAUUUCUGGAGUUGAGAUCUUGUUCGUCAGAGCACAGGCAGAGAAACGAGUGAGUGAAACGUGGGCUGAAAGCUGCUUUCCAAGCAACCCAAACGCAGACCUGGCUGCACACAUGCCGAUCGAAUUUGUUUGCAAAAUUAAAUUUGCAGAGGAGGAUGAGAAACAGAAAGGCAACCAGGAUGGGGACAAGGAGAGCCUGAUCGAAGAGAGCUGCAGCCCACCAGCCAAGGACCUGGCCGGCUUUGCCAAUGCCUGCUCGCUCCAUGGGAUUAACCAUAUCUUUGUCUCUGGCCGGCUGGGAGUCAGACAGACCCUUUGGGCUCUGGCAUUCCUGGUGUCCCUGGCACUCUUUCUGUACCAGGCGGCAAAGUGUGCCAUCUCCUACCUGGAGCAUCCUCAUGUCACGGCGCUGAACGAGGAGGCCACCCCGGAGAUGGUGUUCCCCGCAGUGACCAUCUGCAACAUCAACCGUUUCCGCUUUUCUGCUCUUACCGAUGCUGACAUCUACCACCUGGCGAACCUGACCGGCUUGCCCCCCAAAAAUAAGGAUGGCCACAAGCCCACCGACUUGGAGUAUCCUGCACCAGACAUGCAGGACAUCUUCAACCGCACAGGUCACCAGCUGGAAGAGAUGCUGAAGAGCUGCAACUUCAGUGGGCAGAACUGCUCAGCUGAAGACUUCUCCGUGGUUUAUACAAGAUAUGGUAAAUGCUACACUUUCAAUGGGAACAAAACAACCUCCAGAAAGACGAAGCAAGGAGGGAUGGGGAACGGGCUGGAGAUCAUGUUGGACAUUCAACAGGAUGAAUAUCUGCCUAUCUGGAAGGAGACAAAUGAGACAUCUUUAGAGGCAGGAAUCCGUGUUCAGAUCCACAGUCAGGAUGAGCCACCCUACAUCCAUCAGCUGGGCUUUGGAGUUUCUCCAGGAUUCCAGACCUUUGUUUCCUGUCAAGAGCAAAGGUUGACCUACCUGCCUCAGCCUUGGGGGAACUGCCGCUCCACCAGUGAACAGAUGAUUCCUGGUUACGAUACCUACAGCAUCAGUGCCUGCCGCCUGCGUUGUGAGACUCUUGAGGUUUUGCGCGAGUGCAAAUGCAGGAUGGUGCACAUGCCGGGAGAUGCCGAUAUCUGUACUCCCAGCAAUAUCAAAUGUGUGGACAAAGCACUUGCAUUGUUACAGAAAAGUUCAGGUGACUCAUGCUUCUGUGAAACUCCCUGUAACCUGACACGUUAUGGUAAAGAGCUUUCCAUGGUUAAAAUCCCCAGCAAGGGCUCUGCUCGCUACCUAUCAAGAAAAUACGACAAGUCAGAAGAGUACAUCAGAGAUAACUUCCUGGUAUUGGACGUAUUUUUUGAAGCUCUAAAUUAUGAAACAAUAGAACAGAAAAAAGCAUAUGACGUCGCAGGAUUGUUAGGGGACAUUGGUGGGCAGAUGGGUCUUUUCAUAGGGGCCAGUGUUCUUACCAUCCUGGAGAUUCUGGACUAUGUAUAUGAGGUGAUCAAACACAGGCUGGAGCGUUUGUUCAGGCCACAAAGAGAAGACAAGAAGCAAACCCAACAGCAGCAACAAGCCAGCACAGUCGCUACAGUAAACCUUGAGGAAAUGAAAGCUAAGGACUCCAGUGAGAUGAGUCGGAGCCACUCGGAGGGAGCUUACGCUAACACCAUCCUUCCAAAUCACCAUCACCACCACCGUACCAACCACAGAGUGUUUGAAGACUUUGCCUGCUAGGAACCUGCCUAAAAGUUCUAGUGCUGUUGACAACAACAGAAAGAGUUCUCUCUGUGCUGAGUUUGGGCUCAAUGAUAGACCCUCAGAUCUCAGUGCUAAUCUCUCUUGCUGUUAAAGCUACAGCCAAAGUCAAACUCUAAACCCUUGCUUCUGACUGAACGCAGACACAGAUCGGACACCACAUUAUGGUCCAGCAGGAGACCCUCUGACCCCCCCCCCCCAGGAAGCUACAACUCUGGCAACUCUACAGUUUCUACACUGAAUACUUUGGUACUGGGCCUCUAUAAUAUCCAGGCAUAGACUGCAUGACAUCUAGAUCCACUUUAUACUCCAGAUCCUGUUUGAAGCAUUACAUGCAUUCAUUCAUUCAUAUUUUAUUGACUGUUAGAGGUUUAUUCAGUGAGUUCUCAUCUUGUGAAUUAAUAUAAUUCAGAUGAAUCCACAAAUGUAAAUUAUGUAUUUGAAUCAUGGCUUUCAACCCUUAGAAUCCAGAGAAUAAGAGAAAUAUCUUUCCUCUGGUAUACUGUUUAAAUGAAAUCAUGGGAAAGGUGUAGAAUAGUUUGUGUUUCAGAAAAGUAAUAUGUAUCCAUCACUACUGGAUAUGUCUGGUAAAUGUUUUCUUUAUAUUAAAUGGUUUAUGAUUCAUUUAACUUGAAGUAUAUUGAAUAUUCCACUAAUUUUGUAAUGAUAUUUAUAGAGAUGUAAUGUGUGAGUGGUAAUGGGUGUCAUUAGCAGUCACAUAAUAAUUAUAUUGUAAGGUAACUUCCCUUUUGAGAACAAAAUGAUGUGUACAUUAAGCACACCGAGCCCAGAAGAUGAUAUUGUGGUAGCCAUAUGGAAACAUUUUGUUUCAACCAUCUACCAGUUGAUAGAUUCACUUUCCCGGACCUCCCUAAAGUGUUUAAUAAAACAGACCUUAUGUUCCUAGUUUCACUUUUGAUUGAGACAGAGUACAAUGGCCCCACAGAGAAUGAUAAACUGUUUGCUCUAGCUUAUGGCUAGAUGUGUAAAAGUCGCUUGAGUUUUUCUCAGGGUUCUUUGCUAUGAAAUGUCUAGCAGUGUCUAUUUGACAAAAUAGGGACAUGAAAAGCAUUUCAAUCUAAAACAAUUAUUCAGUAUGUGAAAUUAAAGGAAUAGUUAAUUCAAAAAUGAAAAUUCUGUUAUAAUUUACUCAGUCUCAUGUCAUUCCAAACCAGUACAAUUUUAUUUAUUUAUUUAUUUAUUUAUUUAUUUUUUGGAACAUGAAAGAAAAACAUUUAAUGAAUAUUGUUAAUACUAGAACAGUUGAUAGUGACUCACUUUAAGGCUGAAAAUGCACCCAAAAUGAUCAUAAAAUUAGUCCAUUUAGCUCACAUAAUAUUGUAAGUCUUCUGAAGGCAAAUGAUAGGUUUUGGUAGGAAACAACCCGAAAAUUAAGUAAUUUUUCAGUAAAUAAUCUUGAUGUCCAUUUUUAGCACUAAAAACAACACAUGUUCUUGUGUGAACACAAAGCCCACUGUGAACAAGCAUCUCUAAUAGUGCCCAUGAAUGUGCAAUGGAUGUCAAGAAUUUCACAGAAAAUUCACCAAAACAUAUGCCUUCAGAAAACUUUGAAUAUGACACACAAUCCAUAUGGACUACUUUGAUGAUACUUUUGGGUCCUUUUUUCAGCCUUUGUGAGUCUCUAUAAAUUGCCAAAUACGAACCAGAAUACUCUAUAUUUCACCCUUUUAAGUUCCACAUAAGUAAGAACUUGGAACAACAUGAGGUUGAGUAAAUUAUGACAGGAUUUUCAUUCUGGGGUGAAUCAUUCCUCAAAGUAAGCACUUAUAUAAGACAACUUUUUCCAUUUUAGCAUUUUUAUUUAUUUAUUUUUUUCAAUUUUAGCAUUUGCAGUUACAAAUAUGGUUAAUAUUACAGUGUCAAAUGUGUAGCACCCCAAAUAAUUUAUUUGGGUCUUUGACAAUGGACUACUUUGUAAGACAAACGUUUCAAAUUCAUUUCUGGCGAUAAUAUGUUUGUCUGAUCAAUGCCUGUUUAUUAGGUUAAUAGGUGUUUAACUUUACCAAUUCAUUAUUAUGAUGUAAAGUUAUAUGAUUUUAAAGUUUUCCUAUUUAAAGUCCCCCCCCCCCCCAUAUAAAAGUAAUCAUGGCAAUUGUGGGAUAUUAAUAUUCAUAAAAUUGUAUCACAGUGACAUUUUUAAAGGUUCCCAGUAAGAGUCUUGAUGGCACCCCGAGCCAGUUAUGCAUAAUAAUACAGUUUACUGUCAUAAAUAACUAUGCUCUCAGCAGUGAAAGCGGAAGAGCUGACAUACCAGUGCAUGUCCAAGAAUUGCACUGGAACAUCACUCAGAUUUGAUUUGGCAUUAUCUGUCAACCUCAUGCACUUGUACAGCUGUAUAUUUCUGCUUUUGUGGCCUAUCUUACAUGUGCAGAAGGAAUUUCUUCAAAUGCUGAAAUGCCAUUGCAUCUGCAGAAAUCACAGGCCCUUUAAAAGAGGGACUAGCUUUCAUAUUCCUUGACUUUAGUGUGAAAACAGUGUUUUCAAAAGAGCAAAUGACAGUGAUUUUCUGUGAUUCAUUGGACAGAUCUACAUUAAAAAGAGGAUGAGUAUACUUGACAAAAUCAGUAGGUAAUAUUUGAGGUUUUGCUCCUAUAAUGAUUUUCACUCCCUGCACAGUUUCAAUUAAUAUGCAGUCAUCUACUGAUAUUAUUUCAUCUUCAGGCUCCAGUUCCAUCAUGGACUGAUUGGGGCAAUAUUUUAGCUCCAAGUGUAUAUAUUUAAAAUGGUGUUGUGCAGCUUUAACUUUGACAUGCUGUUCAUUUCCAUUAGCAUUUAGUGGCCGGACCACCACUUAGCUCAGUGAGGGGGCCAUAAAACGAGGCACUGAAGCAGCAUACUGUAUAGCGCAAACAGACUGUUGAGAUUUCCACACGAUUAAAGGCAUCAAGACUAAUCAUGCUAAUUACACAUUACGCUCCAGAACUUAAUGGACUGUACACCAGAGCACACAGAGAACACAUAGUACAGUUUGUACAAAGGUCUGCUCUUAUGACCGUGGUUUCUGUUAGAACACAUUUUAUAAAUGUAAUGGUACGUACUGCAGUCCAGUAAUAAAAUCUUGAUAAAUGAAUUUCCUUGUUUUUGUUCACUUCAGUUAUGAGAUAAGCACUUUCAUACCAUGUGCUUUUUAAGAUCCUUUAAUGGCUUAUGAUUCCACAGAGAAUGAUACUAAGAUAUCCUAAAGGAAUGUUAUAAGGUUCAUUACAAGUUAAGCUCUAUUGACAGCAUCUGUGGUAUGUGGUCGAUUACCACAGAAAAUAUCGUCGACACAUCCCUCAGUGACAUAAAUCAAACAUUAUACGUGUUAACAUGAGGCAGAAAUAACUAAACGUCUCUAUGCAAAGUUAUAUUCACUUUUUCAGUUCUUGUCAUGACCAUGUGAAGCUAAUAAACCCUGUAACUUUCACAUGAUACAUGCAAGGAAAGUGGAAAUAUACUAUUUUUGUAGUGGCACUGCUGAAAGGAUUCAGACAGCUUUACAACUCAAACAACAAUUUAUUUAUUUAUUUAUUUAUUUUUUUUUUUUAUGGAACAAAACUGUAAUACUCAAAGUAAUUAAU